AUGGCUGCCAUGAACGCCAGUCUCCCUAAAGGCAAGGCCGAGGGGGAUAUUUCAGACACUUUUGCUUCACUCUCUGGCAGACAAGCCCAAGCUCUUCCAAACCGCUUCCGCGAACUCAAACUGCGACUCGUAAAUGGCCAUGAAGACGCCUUCAUUGCUAGUUGGAAGCGGCUGCUCGCGAUUUUGAGAGAGGAGAACGAAGUGAUCGCGCGCACUGGGCCCAGCAUCGUGCCCGAGGUACGAUUCAGCCACCUCCAAGAAGACCUCCACAGCAAAGCGCACGACAUUAAGAAGCGGGGCGUUGCCGUCAUCAGGGGUGUCAUCCCUGAGGACGAGGCAAGAGCAUACAAGUUCGAGGUGGAGGAGUAUACAAGACAGAACCCGCACACAAGAGGAUUCCCACAAGACCAACCGCAGGUAUUCGAACUCUACUGGUCGCCAGCACAGGUCCGCGCACGAGGCCACCCGCGGCUGCUACAGACACAGACGGCGCUGAUGGCGGCGCUGUGGCGGGUCUCGGACGCCCGCGCCCCGAUCAGCCUGCGCACUCCGCUCGCGUACGCAGACCGCCUGCGCAUCCGGCAGCCGGGGGACGCGCAGUUCGCGCUGGGUGCCCACCAGGACGGCGGGAGCGUCGAGCGCUGGGAAGAGGAAGGGUAUGGUAAAGGUGGUGUGUACGACGCCGUCUUCCGCGGGGACUGGGAGGGCUCAUACGAUCCGUUUGAUGCCUCCCCGCGCGUCCACGCCGUGACGGACCUCUACGGUGGCCUCGGCGCCUGCUCCAUGCUCCGCGCCUUCCAGGGCUGGCUUGCCGUUAGUCGUUCGGGCCCUGGGGAGGGAACACUGCUGGUUAAUCCGCUGGUUAAGGAGGCAGGGGUGUAUGCGCUUCUCAGGCCGUUCUUUGAGCCUGUUAGGGAGCUGGAUCAGGGGGCAGGAGGUGCCGGAUGGGAAGGGUACCUGAGCGAGGGGAAUUGGCGGUUUAUGGGAGACUCGGAGCGCAUGAGCAGCGCAUUGCAAGGUGCCAUGCCCGGGUGUGCGCAGGAGUUCACUGAGGCGCUGCACCCGCAUCUGGAGCUCCAGCGGACCAUGGUGCAUGUCCCCGAGGUGAGGCCCGGAGACUAUGUCAUCUGGCAUUGUGACACUAUCCACGCGGUUGACAAGAAACAUGGGGGAUCUUCGGACUCGAGCGUGUUCUACAUCCCUGUGUGUCCGACAACCGAGGCCAGUGCAAAGUACAUCGCCCGACAGCGGACCGCGUUUCUCCACGGCACGCCUGGCCCGGAUUUCCCUGGUGGCGAGGGCGAGUCGCGGCAUAUUGGCCGCGCUACGGAGGAGUAUGUCAGGAAGUACUGCGAUCCCCGGGGAGUGCAAGCAAUGGGCCUCGACAAGCUCAUCGCGUCGGAGGGCGAUACACCUGGCGGGACGGAAGCAGUCGAGAGGGCAAACACUGUUCUUGGCUUUUGA